UUCUCCUACUAAAUCAGUCACCUUAUUUCUUUAAAGGGUACGUUUAACUUCACCCAUCUAACUUUGUUUCGAAUACAAAAUGAUCACCGGCCGUGACUUUUACGCCAUCGUGACCGCGAUGGUGCCGCUAUACGUCGCCAUGAUUCUCGCUUACGGCAGCGUAAAAUGGUGGAAAAUUUUCACACCGGACCAGUGUUCCGGCAUCAACCGUUUUGUCGCGAUCUUCGCGGUCCCGUUACUCUCGUUCCAUUUCAUCUCAAUGGGUGAUCCGUACGCGAUGAACUGGAAGUUCAUCGCGGCCGACAGCCUCCAGAAAAUCAUCAUGCUGGUGGUGCUAGGGUUUUGGGCAAAAUUCACAAAAACCGGCAGUUUUGAAUGGAUGAUCACCAUCUUCUCCCUCUCAACGCUCCCGAAUAGCCUCGUGAUCGGAAUCCCAUUGUUGACGUCGAUGUAUGGUGAGUUGACGGCACCACUGAUGAUUCAGGUGGUGGUGAUGCAAUGCAUUCUUUGGUAUACGAUACUUCUGUUCUUGUUCGAGUUUCGUGCGGCGAAGGCGUUGAUUAUGGAACGGUUUCCGGGUGCUGGAGGCGAUAUCGGUUCGAUUAAGGUUGAUUCGGAUGUUGUUUCGCUUGACGCGCAAGAUGUUCUUGAAACAACCGCGGAGAUGGGAAAUGAUGGGAAGUUACAUGUCACGGUGAGGAGGUCGAAUGCGUCGAGACGAUCGGUAGGAGUUGGUUCGGUUCUUUCGGGUGCGGAAAUUUUUAGUUUGAAUUCAUCUGCGGUUCAAAGUCCGAGAGGUUCGUAUGCUAACCACUCGGACUUUAACUCUAUGGUAGGGUUUCCUGGGGGCCGGUUGUCGAAUUUCGGCCCCGCGGAUGAUAUGUAUUCGAUUCAAUCGUCGAGGGGAGUUACCCCUCGGCAAUCAAAUUGUGAAGAUGAAGCGGGUCGGUCGUCUUUGAGCAUGGUGCCACAUUUUUCGGUGAACUCGGAAACGCAUAUUGUCCUUACAAAAGACCAACAACCACCACAAAUGGUGCUACGUUUAAAGCCAGAGUUGCAACAAAAUGGGUCGCAAAAGAAGCCAAACCAUGACGACCAUAUGUUUGGUCGUAGCUCGAGUGCGCCGAUUAUUUCCAAAGGUGGUCGGUCUCGUUCCAAACUCUACGCGACUAUGGAACAAUCGACUCGACCGGAUCAUGGAAAACUUGGAGAGUUGAAGGAAUUUGACGUUGAGAUCGGCGGAGAUCGAGAGAAGAUCAAACCGGGUGUGGUGGACUCUGCGGCAGAGCACCAACCGAGCACGGUAACAGACCCAAAUGAAGGGUCCGGACAACAAAUGCCGUCGGCGCGUGUGAUGGGCCGAUUGAUACUAUUGAUGGUCUCGCGGAAACUGCUUAGAAACCCGAACACGUACGCCAGCAUCUUAGGUCUUGUUUGGGCUCUUGUGUCCUUCAGGUGGCAUUGGGUAAUGCCAAAAAUAAUAGGAAAUUCAAUCUCGUUGAUCUCAAAUGCUGGUCUUGGAAUGGCUAUGUUUAGCUUAGGUUUGUUCAUGGCCCUUCAACCUAAGUUAAUAGCCUGUGGGAGAUCAAAGGCUUUGCUUUCUAUAGUAGUGAAGUUUCUUAUAGGACCGAUAGUAAGCGCCUUGGCAGCAUUCUUGGUUGGCCUCCACGGUACCCUCUUUCAUAUCACUAUUGUCCAGGCAACACUAUCAGUCGGGAUUGUACCGUUUGUUUUCGCAAAGGAAUACGACGUUCAUGCAACAAUUCUCAGUACUUCGGUUAUCUUUGGAAUGCUGAUAACGGUGCCUAUAACAUUAUGCUACUACAUCAUUCUCCAACUCUAGGCAUAAAAGAUAAGCAUUUAGAGUUGAUCUUUGAUGAAAUAUGUUGGAAGGAUGUAAUCAGAUGAUUGAUUCUUGAUGAUACUUAGUAGAAUCCUCAAGGUCAAGUGAUCUCAUAUGACGAUAAGAUCUUGCAUAGUUUGUUGUAGUUGUUUUCGUUUUUGUAAAAACUUUAUUAGUUUCUUAAAAAAUUGACUAGUGAGUUUUGU